AUGGGAUACAAGACUCUGUGCUUUGGAUUCUUUUGUAUUUUGUUUGCUUAUUGUAUUUAUUUACCUGUUCCAGAAGAUGUUGAAGAACCCUGGAAAGUGAGAAUCAUCAGUGCUAUUAUAAAAAUGACUUCAUUUAUGGCCACUUGGCUUGGUGAAUAUAUAGGUCUUCUGAAAUAUGAAGACGUAAUAGUAACAUUAUCGACAGUUCAUUUUACAAAACCAGUUUCAGAUGAAAACAUUACAGUGAUUGACACAAAAUUUAGUAACAUCCCUGCUCGUCUGUACUUGCCAAAGAGGAAGUCUGAAAGGCAGAGACCAGCUGUGAUUUUCAUUCAUGGUGGUGCCUUUGUCUUGGGAAGUUACAAGAUGUCAGCCUAUGAUGAUCUGAACAGAUGGACAGCAAACAAGCUUGAUGCUGUUGUUGUGGGAAUAGACUACAGGCUUGCUCCUAAGUAUCCAUUCCCAGCUGCCCUUGACGACUGUGUUUAUGCAAUCAAGUUCUUUCUCCAGAAAAAUAUUCUUGCAAAAUACAGAGUGGAUCCCUCUCGCAUCUGCAUUAUGGGAGACAGUUCGGGGGGUACCUUGACAGCAACAGUGACUCAACUGCUACAGAAUGAUCCAAACUUCAAAAAUAAAAUUAAAGCACAAGCUUUGAUGUAUCCUGGCCUACAGAUACUUGAUACCUUGUUACCAUCCCAUCAAGAGUAUCAACAUGGUCCAGUUCUGACCAGGGAGAUGAUAAUUAAGUUGGCGUGCCUAUAUGUGACUGAAGACAAAGUUCUACCCCAGGCUGCACUGAAAAAUGAGCAUAUGCCAACAGAGUCAAGACACCUGUUCAAGUUUGUUAACUGGAGUGACUUUCUUCCUGAGAAGUACAAAAAGAACUACGUUUACACUGAACCAGUUCUUGGAAAAUUGAAUGCUUCCUAUCCAGUACUUGUGGAUAGCAGGUUGUCCCCUUUGCUAGUCAAUGACACCCAGUUACAGAGUUUGCCAUUAACAUACAUUGUCACUUGUGAACAUGAUCUCUUAAGAGAUGAUAGUCUCAUUUACAUCUCACGGCUUAGAAAUGUUGGGGUGAAAGUUACUCAUGAGCAUAUAGAGAAAGGAAUACAUGGAGCCCUAUCAUUCACCAGAGCUCCAGUAUUUUUAAAUUUAGGAUUCAAAAUAAGAGAUAAGUAUAUUAAUUGGUUAGAAGAAAAUCUAUAA